AAAUGUACAUGUAACCGUUAUCGAUAUUGAAAACACUGCCUAUUUUUCAAUUUGAAUAUUUGAAACAGUUUACAGUUGGAAAAUUAUGUCAGACUUCAUUGUAAUAAAUUCAUAACAAAUGCAGUGUAUUUUUUUGAAGAUAUUUAAAAAAUAAUUCUAUCUUUAUUCAUGAAAACAAGUAUAAUUUUGUAAAUAUUAAUCUUUUUAAAUAUAGUUCAGUGAGUUCAAGCGAGAAUAAAAACGGGAACUAAAGGAAGAUCUAAGACUAUUUGAUAUAUUUCAAGAAUAAUUGAAAAAAAUAAUCUUAUCUAAAUCACAAUGAAGUCUGCACGUGGAAAAAUGUUAGGGUUAUCCCGUAAACCAAUUAAUCGUAUAAGAGGUACUAACAUGUUAUGUAAAGAUCCUGUACAAGUAUACUGUCGUUUAAAACCUAUGCAAUUCCCUAAUGAUAUAUCAUGUAUGAGAGUUAUAUCUGAUACAACAAUAGUAAUCACACCACCAGAAUCUGCAGUUAACUUUCGUAAUACUAGUAAUAAGGAAAUACAAACCACAUUUACUCGUGUAUUUCCACCAGAUGCUACACAAAAGGAAAUAUUUGAUACAGUAGCUUUACCUUUGGUUGAAAAUCUUAUACAAGGAAGAAAUGGUUUAUUGUUUACAUAUGGAGUAACUGGCAGUGGUAAAACAUAUACUAUGACAGGAGAUUCUUCUCAAGAUGGGAUUAUGCCCCGUUGUUUUGAUGUUAUAUUUAAUAGUAUUAUGAAUUAUCAAACUAAGAAAUUUAUAUUUAAACCUGAUAAACUCAAUGGUUUUGAUUUACAAAGUGAAGCAGAUGCAAUGUUAGAUCGACAAAGUGAAAUGCAUGCUGGUCUUAUGUCUCAGAAAAAUGGAAAAUCUGGGAAACUACGUAAAGUAGAUAGUGACAGUGAUAGUAAUCCUAUUAUAAUUCGUGGAUGCAAUGAAGUCCAAACUCUUACUAUUGAUCAAGAUAAUGCAUAUGCUGUAUUUGUUACAUAUGUUGAAAUAUAUAACAAUUGUGUAUAUGAUUUAUUGGAUGAUGAUGAUGUUAGAGCUAAAACAUUACAAAGUAAAAUUGUCAGAGAAGAUGGUAAUAAAAACAUGUAUGUACAUGCUGUCACAGAAGUGGAAGUAAAAAGUUCUGAGGAAGCAUUUGAAGUAUUUCAUCGUGGUCAGAGAAAAAGACGUGUUGCUCAUACAGCUCUUAAUGCAGAAUCAAGUAGAUCUCAUAGUGCAUUUACUAUUCGUCUUGUACAGGCACCUCUAGAUUGCGAAGGCGAGCAAAUUAUACAAGACAAACGUGUGAUAUGUAUAAGUCAAUUAUCAUUAGUUGACUUAGCUGGAAGCGAGCGUACAAAUCGUACUAAGAAUACAGGGCAACGAUUGAGAGAAGCAGGAAAUAUAAAUAAUUCUUUGAUGACUCUUCGGUCAUGCAUGGAAAUUUUAAGAGAGAAUCAAACACAAGGAACAAGCAAGAUGGUGCCAUAUAGAGAUUCAAAACUUACACAUUUGUUUAAGAAUUACUUUGAUGGUGAAGGACAAGUCAGGAUGAUAGUUUGUAUUAAUCCAAGAGCAGAUGAUUAUGAUGAAACAAUCCAAGUGAUGAAAUUCGCUGAGGUAACUCAAGAAGUACAAGUAGCAAGAUCUACAGUCACAAAACUUGAUCUUGGUUAUACACCUGGAAGAAGACAAGCUAAUAAAAUAUUCAAAGAAGCAAGAAAUAGAUUGGAGAAAGAAGGUCGUGUAGAAGCUAAUGGUUUAGAAAUUGAUAUAGGUUUAGUGUACAGCUUGGGUGGACCAUUUCCUGAAUUAGAAAUGAAUAAUCCACACAAUGAUCAAAUCAUAACAAAUUUGAUGCAUUUCUUAGAACAAAGAAUAAAUAAACGAAAUAUAUUACGGGCUGAUUUACAGCAAAAGCAAAUUGAAUUCAGGAAAAUGCUUUCAUUGACAGAACAAGAAAAUAUUAGUUUAAAAGUAGAAAAUGCUGCAUUGAAAGCUUCGAAUGCACAACAAAAAAAAAAGAUUUUAGCUUUGGAAGGUCAUCUUGGAAAAACAGAAGCGCAAAUCGAUAGUUUGAUGUGCAAAUUAAACAAUGCAAACGAAACAAUAAAAAAUAUGCAACAGGAGUUAAAAGACAGAGACAUGGCAUUAAAUCAACGUCUGAUAGAUAAACAAAGGGUUAAACAAAAAUAUAAUACCAAAAUACAGGUAGAAACUGAUAAAAUGAAUAAAGAAUUAGAAGUAAAACUUCGUCAACAACGUGAACAACUUCAGAAUCAAAUGAAAGCGCAAGAUGAUAAAUUGAGACUGAUGAAACAAAUUUUAGUAGAUGAAAAUGACAUUAAUUCAGGAAAGAUUGUAUCCAAGGAUGUACCACCUGUUACACCUGUUCGUGUAGGAGAUGUUACGAAAAGAUUAGUACCUUGUACAGAUGGAAGAUCACGGAAAGACAAAGCAAUAAUAUCAAAUCCAAGAUAUAGACGUUCUCAAAGUGCAGAUAGAUGGAUCGAUCACAGACCUGGAGCACUUGUUCCUCUUGGAACAGUCCUCCAACCAUUAAUGCAUAGGAGACGAAGUGUUAAUCGACUUACAGAUCCAAAAGAAAUUACAGAUGGUGCGUCUAGAUAUUGCCUUGUAGCACAAGAACAUGAUACGGAUGGAGAACUUGAGACGAAACUUUAUAAGGGAGAUAUUUUACCAACUUCUGGCGGAGGAGCUCAAGUAGUAUUUCAUGACAUGGAAUGUUUAAAACAGUUAUCACCAAAAGCAAGAAAACGUAGUGGACCAGCAGAAGUAGAUGCUCAAAUAAGUUUAACGAAUCACAGUUUAGAAACAAAUAAUAAAAGGCCACGAGUAAUAAAUUAAAUAUAAUCUUUGAAAAAAAAAA